GGAUAUGAUAAACAUCUUCAUCUGAAGAAACAUGGCGAACCAUCCCCAAUCCCUCUCUCUCAACACUCCUCCCUUCGCCAAUCCCGCCCCUUCGUCGCCGGUGGCCGCCGCGGGCGCCGGUACGGUAGCUGGUGCGCCUGGGAACAAGGACCGGAAGAUGGCGUCGGCGGAGCAGCUAGUCCUUGACCUCUUGGAUCCUGAGCUCCGGGAGAAUGCGCUUCUUGAUCUUUCUAAGAAAAGAGAAAUAUUCCAAGAUUUAGCUCCGUUGCUGUGGUAUUCUUUUGGCACCAUUCCAGCUCUUCUCCAGGAAAUUGUUUCAAUAUAUCCUGUUUUGUCCCCUCCGACUCUUACACCAGUUGCAUCAAACCGAGUUUGCAAUGCACUUGCUCUCCUUCAGUGUGUUGCUUCACAUCCAGAUACCAGGAUACUUUUCCUCAAUGCCCAUAUACCUCUAUAUCUAUACCCAUUCUUGAAUACCACUAGCAAAACAAGGCCAUUUGAGUAUUUGAGGCUUACCAGCUUGGGAGUUAUCGGUGCCCUUGUAAAGGUUGAUGAUACUGAGGUGAUCACUUUCCUCCUUCAGACAGAAAUAAUUCCUCUGUGCCUGCGUACAAUGGAGAUGGGUAGUGAACUUUCAAAAACAGUGGCUACAUUUAUUGUCCAAAAAAUCCUUUUGGACGAUGUAGGCCUUCGGUAUAUUUGUGCUACAGCUGAGCGAUUCUAUGCUGUCGGUAGUGUGCUUGCUACUAUGGUUGCAUCUCUUGCUGAACAACCAUCCACAAGGCUACUAAAACAUAUAAUUCGGUGUUACCUGAGGCUUUCUGAUAAUCAAAGGGCAUGUGAAGCUUUGCACAAUUGCCUUCCAGAUAUGCUGAAAGAUGGAACAUUUAACAAUUGUCUUCGUGAUGACCUUGUAACUCGGCGAUGGCUUCAGCAGUUAUUACACAAUGUGGCAGCAGUUAACCCUGUAUCAGUUGCCAUGCAGCAAGCAAGACUUGAGCACAUGAUGGGCAAUUAGAUUUUGCGAGGUUUUGGAAGCCCAGAUGUUGUUGUUUUUGCUAAUUAUGGCCUAUUAUAAGCAUAGAAAAUUAGUUUGAGAUCAUUGAUGAUCACUGUGCAGUUACUGAUUAAGUUAUCUGUUUAUUUAUUUCAAUUGUAAGUGUUCUGAACUUUGUAAAAGAUGUUGAAAAUGUUAUUGUAUUCAGUAACAGUCCUAAAGAGCAUGCUUUGAAGCAAGCAGAUUGUCAUAAA